AUGUGGGGUUUCAAGCGCAAGUACGUGGACCGCGUGGACUGCAGCGCGGACUGGGUGUCAGUGGCCCUGGACGCCGUGGGGGCGCUGCUGGAGCUGCCCGAGGCCGCCUGGUUUUCGCCCGACCCCGAAACCACUGCAGAGGGCUACAGGCAGUUCAUUGCAGAGCCCAUGUGGCUGCGCAAAGUGCAGGCGCGGCUGGCCGCGGGGGCCUACGCGCUGCCGUACCACUUCAAACAAGACGUGGCUCUGAUUUUCCGCAACGCCCGCCUCUUCAACGCCCCCCAAGACAAGGCCUACCGCGACUGCUGCCUGCUCGAACAGAAGUUCAACAUGCUCUGGGCGCCCAUCAACAACGCCUUUCAGAGGGCCGCCAGGCACAAGCGCCUCCAGCAGAUGCAGCAGCAGCAGCAGCAGGGGGGGCAGCAGCAGCAGCAGGUGCCGCAGCAGCAGCAGCAGGUGGCACAGCAGCAGAUGGGGCAGCAGCAGCAGAUGGUGGGACAGCAGCAGCAGCAGAUGGGGCAGCAGCUGCAGCAGAUGGGGCAGCAGCAGCAAAUGCAGCAGCAGCAGUUGCAGCAGCAACUGGAGCAGCAACAAGUGCACGACGCGCAACAUCAGCAGCAGAUGCAGCAGCAGCAGCAGCGAGUCCAGGAAGUCCAGCAACAGCAGCAAAUGCAACAGAUGCAGCAACCGCUUGAGGUCAAAGUGCAGCAGCCGCAGCAGCAGCUGCAGCAACACGCGGAAGUGCAGCAGCAGCUCGAUAGUAAUCUACAAUGCGAAGGAACAGUAGUACCAGCAGCAGCAGCAGUUGGGGCAGAAGUAAUCACAACAGCAAAUGUUCUCGCGCCAGCCACGCAGACAAAUGCGAUGCCAGACGUGCAGCAACAUGAGCAGCAGCAGCAGCAGCUGCCGCAGCAGUUCAACGGCUCAGCUGAGCUGGUAGGCAGUGGUGUUUCGGAUGCAUUCGUUCCGCAGCAGCAACAGCAACAGCAGCAGCAGCACGAGGAGCAGUCGCAGGUGCAACAAAUGAAGCAGCAGCAGCAGGAGCAAAUCGAGCAGCAGCAACAAACUGGCACUGCGGAAUCGUGA